AUGAGCAACAUUUAUAUACAAGAACCACCCACAACGGGUAAAGUGAUAAUGAGAACAACAGUUGGCGAUAUUGAUUUGGAAUUAUGGACUAAGGAAGCUCCUAAAGCUUGCAGGAAUUUUAUACAACUGUGUAUGGAAGGCUACUAUGAUGAUACCAUAUUUCAUAGAAUCGUCAAAGGUUUUAUAGCACAGGGUGGUGAUCCAACAGGCACAGGUGAAGGUGGCGAAAGUAUAUAUGGACAACCAUUUAAAGAUGAGUUCCACACAAGAUUACGAUUCUGCAGACGAGGUUUGCUUGCUAUGGCCAAUGCAGGAAAAGAUGAUAAUUGUUCUCAGUUUUUCUUCACUCUCAGUUCUGCUCCAGAAUUACAAAACAAACAUACUAUCUUUGGUAAAGUUACUGGAGAAACUAUUUAUAAUAUGCUUAAACUUGAAGAAGCACUGGUAGACGAAAAUGAUAGGCCACUCUAUCCUCCAAAAGUAUUAAAUACUGAAAUACUAAGUAACCCUUUUACUGAUAUUGUAUCUAGAAUCUCAACAAAAAAAGGUGACGAUGUGAAGGAUAGUACAAAAAAUAAAAAAACAGGAGUGAAAAAUUUUAAUCUUUUGUCUUUCGGAGAAGAAGCAGAGGAAGACGAGGAAGAAUCUGUGAUAUUAAAUAAACAAUUCAGUGGCAAAGGCAAAUCAGCCCACGAUCAUUUAUCUGAUCCAAAGUUAAGUGCUCAACCAGCUGUUGAACCAGCUGGUCCACCUAGCAAAAAAAAGAAAGAAGAUCGCACUAGUGACUGGGAAAGUGACGAUGAAAUAAAAACCUCAGAAGAAUUAGAAGCUAUAAGAAAAGAGAAGGACGCGAUGAAAGAAAGAAUUAAAAAUAAAUUGAAGGAACCAAAGAAAGAACCUAAAAAGGUCGAAAGUUAUAACGUGGACGAUGUCGAAGAAGAUAAGGAUGUAACAGAAGAUGAAUACUAUCUUGGAAAAGAUAGAGAAGAAGAACGUAAAAAGAGAGCUGAAGAAAUUAGAAAAGAAAUUCGUGACUUAAAACGUGACGUCAAAAAUGAAAAGAAGGCAAAAGAGGCAGAUCAAAAAUUAAAGGAGGAGCAAGAAGAAAAGAAGGGAAAAAAAACGGAAAUUAUGAAAGAAUACAUCGAGACUCAAGAAAAAUACAAAGAGGCGAAGUCUAAAAUGCCUAAAAAGGGUAAAACUCGCGAAGACUUUACAAUGGAUUUAUUGAAAAAAUUCAAAUCUAAACUUCAGAAUGCUAAGGAGACUAGACGAGAUAGAUCGCCUACUCCACCGAAAAAAGAGAGUAAGAAAGAAGAAGAUGAUUUUGAUCCGGCCGAUGAGUCGUGGAUGGUACAUACAUUACAGUGUGAAGAGAAGGCGCCUAUCCUCGCAAAAGAUGCGAGUACGAAAGACGACGAUUGGUUUGAAAUUUACGAUCCUCGAAAUCCACUGAAUAAAAGACGAAGGGGGGAAAAGUCGCAUACAUUGAAGGAAGAUAAAGCUAGACGAGACAGUUCGCGUCACAAAUAAUACGUAUUAUAAAUAAUUUUGGUGUAACAUGUGAGUAACAGUAAGGCUCUUACGUUACUUUCUCACUGUACAGAACUAUAUAUAGAUUAUGUUGUUGCGACCCGU